AUGCCGACAAGUGGCGAUAUGGCUACCCAUCUAGUGCACGCCGGGUUGGUUGGACAAAGCCUCAGGUACAUAGACGGCGAGCGAGUCCAAGUGUAUGUCCUGUUCGCCAGCUCGCAGAAGGCAGACAAACGAAAGCCAAAAAAAUGUCCGGUGCCGGGGACAGCCACACAAGGUGACGUUCAGCUUUUGGGUUUCGCGGACGCAUCGAUGAAAGGAUAUGCAGCGGUCGUGUAUCUCCGGUUCGUCAAUGCCGCUGGUGAUAUCUCCGUCAAAAUCAUCACCUGUAAAACCAAGGUUGCCCCCCUGAAGAGCUCCGCCGCCGACGAAUCGCUGUCCAUACCUCGAUUGGAACUAUGCGGCGCCCUGCUGUUGGCUCAGACACUUCACCACGUUCGAUCUGUGUUGUCUACCGAGGUGUCUAUAUCUCGUCUGCGAGCGUGGUCGGACUCGUCAGUUGUUUUGUCGUGGCUAAUAUCGGAUCCAAAACAUUUUAAAAUUUUUGUGACCAAUCGGGUCGCCAAAAUACGUCAUUUACUACCGGAUUGCCACUGGAAUUACGUAUCAACGAUCGACAAUCCCGCAGAUCCAGCCUCCCGUGGACUCUUGCCAAAAUCAAUGCUGUCUUCGUCUAUCUAUUGGAACGGUCCGGAGUUCAUACGACUUUCUGAAGACCAAUGGCCGUCGUUCAAAUUUGCCACGCUCGCCCCGAGCCAAUUGCCCGAAACUCGGCCAAAUACCGUCGCGACGUUAGCCGUCAACGUUCAUCCGUCAUCAUUGGAUUUCAUUAGUCGCUUUUCGUCAUUCGAAAAAAUGUUACGAGUACUAUGUUACGUCUCGCGUUAUCUGUCUCAUCGUCUACGACGACAACCGCUCCGCGUCGGUCCUAUUACGUUUGCCGAGCGAAAACGCUCUUUGUCAAUCGUCGUACAGCGUACACAACAACACUAUUUUUCGGAUCUGAUUAAAGCGUUAAAAAACAAAUCUAUGAUAACGCCACCUUAUUUGGCACAAUUAGCACCAUACAUCGACGACAACUAUAUUGUACGAGUAGGAGGCCGCUUGCGUUUUUCCGGCAUCAGUUACGAUGCGAAGCAUCCGAUUUUGUUACCGCGGUCCUCACGCCUCACCGAGUUGAUCAUUCGCCACUACCAUUUGUCAUUUUUGCACGGCGGAUCAAAAUUGGUACUAUCAAUGUUGUGUCAAAAGUUUUGGAUCUUGUCGGGUCGCGCCGCAAUUCGACGUGUUAUUUUUGCGUGCGUCCCGUGUACCCGUCAUAAAGCUGUCCGCCCUCAACCGAUUAUGGCCCAUCUACCAUCUUAUCACGUGCAGCGUCAUCGACCAUUUUCACACGUCGGCAUGGACUACGGGGGACCGUUCCUCGUUAAAGAGCAUCCACGCCGAAAUGCGCAAUCGGUUAAAGUGUACCUAGCAUUAUUUGUUUAUAUGACCGUUAAGGCCGUCCACCUCGAAAUUGUAACCGAUCUCAGCACCGACGCUUUCCUCGCGGCUCUAGAUCAUCGGUUCGUCGCGCGACGUGGUAUUCCGUCAAAUAUUUACUCGGAUUGCGGCACGAAUUACGUCGGCGCCGCGCGGCAGCUUAGAACCUUGUUUCGCGAUACCAAGGCCCAAGACCGUCUGUCGUCGCAUUUAUCUUGUACGUGGCACUUCAACCCGCCUGCCGCGCCACAUUUCGGCGGCAUUUGGGAGGCCGGAAUCAAAAACGUUAAAAAUCACCUUAAACAUGUUAUCGGUCAACAAGUGUUGACUUACGAGGAGUUCCUCACGUUGAUUACUCGCAUCGAGGGCAUUCUUAACUUAUCACGUAACUAUUUAACAAUGGUCAAAUCGAAUUGUGGCUUUGAUGAUAAAUUUUUUAAAUUGUUCAAAACUAAAAUGAGUCUUUUAAGUGAUACUGAAAAACACAGAGUUCUUCUUUUUGAUGAAAUGUUUUUACGUGAAAGUGUUAAUGUUGACACCAAAACCUUAACUUAUUGUGGAUUAGAGGAUUUUAGUGAAGAUAAUUCAAAUUUAAAUUCUGGUCUAAAAGCUGACCACGGCCUAGUAUUGAUGUUCCAGAGCUUGGGCUCCAAUAUCACUCAGCCAAUUGCAGUAUUUGCAUCAAAAGGAUCAGUAAAAGGUGUUGUACUUACUCAAUUGGUAAUAAAAGCUAUAGCUCUUCUUGAGAAUACAGGAGCAAAGAUUGAUGGUGUAGUAAAUGAUGCAAGUUCAACAAACAGAAGGUUGUGGAGUGAGCUUGGUGUCUCUGGUAAAAUGGGCGAAUUAAAAAAUCAAUGA